AUGGAUCGAAUUAUUAGUCCCAGCACUAGUGUAGUCAAUGGGUUGCAGCCACAUCCUUCUCAUGAACACUCUGCAUCCAGUAAACAGGGAUCUACUUCAGAUGACAAGUCACUACAGUCGAAACUGUAUAAUGAAACGUUAGCAAGCAAAAACAAGCAAGUAUCAUUCUCGGCCUUUGCUUUCCUUUUCUACGAAAUGGUAGGACAGCAGCGUGAAUCUUCCCAAACUGUAGCAGAGAUUGAGGCUAAAUUGGCCGCACUAGGCUAUAAGAUCGGUCUCAGACUGAUUGAGCUCCUAAAUUUUAGAGACUCAAUCCCUUCUCGCGUAACACAGUCUGAAAAUGCUGAUUCCGUGGCCUCCUCAAUCACGUCUAUGAAGAAACGCCCAUUAAAGAUACUAGAAAUACUGCAGUAUGUCCAUUCUAAUCUAUGGAAGUAUCUGUUUGGAAAACCAAGCGAUGACCUGGUCAAGAGCUCAGAACGCGACAACGAGUAUAUGAUUGUUGAUAAUGAACCCCUAUGGACCCAGUUCAUUUCUGGCACGUCCGUGCAGUGCGAAACGUUCACUGGGGGCAUCAUAGAAGGCCUACUGGAUCACGCAGGAUUUCCUUGUCACGUGACUGUCCACACCGAUCCAGAAGGACGUUUUGAUCGCAGAACCGUAUAUUUAAUUAGAUUUGAUAAACAAGUGCUUGAGAGGGAGGCGCUACGUUUCUAA